GUAACGGAUCCAGUAAAGCUGUGGGACUGUUAUGCCCCCAGGAGUCUCGGAGAUUACCCUGAUGUGAAGAGUAUCUGGCAAUCUUGGAGUGAGGGAGCCAUCAUAGAGGACAUCGGAAGACUGCCGCCAAUACGGCUGAUUGAAAAUAAGUGGGGUAGCUUGAAGAAUGGCAUUACGGGAAAGGGGAGACUUCCAUCAUGGAGACCCCGUAAUGAUGCCAAGGCCCGAAAAAUCUGGGGCAACUACUACUUCUUUGUAAAGUGCAUUGAGACAAUGCUUGCAGAGGGCCAAAGCUCAGACGAUGUGAUCCAGGUCCUUGAAGCAUGUCGUCAGGAGCUGACAGGAAGCAAGACUGUCAAUGCACUUCACUCUGCUUUACAGAUCAAGAAGAAGUAA